AGCCGAGUCCAGAGCCUUGACUUAGCUUCAACAUGUGAGCCCGGCUGCAGUUUCACUGAGCUACUGAGUGUGAACGCCCUACUGUGUUUUUGUCCAAGUUGGCGUAAGCCCUGUACUCAUCCUGACUAUCUCGGUGGCCCACUACCCGCAAGCACGGAAGGCAAUGCGGUUGGACCUUUAGGUGACGAUGAUUCAACAGGAGCGCCUGAGAACCGUUUAUUGUGCCUGUCUCUGGUUUUUCAAAGAAUGGCUUGGAACAUCAUCGUGUUGCUUCUACUGUGUUGUGGCACCGUUGUGUUGACAGACAUGUCCACAUCCGUCCUCAAACCAGGUGCGCUUGUUGCACCCCUUGGACGCGUUCUCGUAGUGGAGGAAGUGGUGAACAUCAAGUAUGAGUUACAUGGACUGCUCCAACUUCCCCGUCAGAUGGAAAACGUCGACGCGCAACUACAAUCAGCAUUGGACAUCCUACAGAGUCUCAGUUCAGCUACUAAUGUAUCGACGAUGGUUUCACAAACUAUUGAACUUCUACACUUUCGUCUCAUGAACCUUCGCAAGCUCCUCGUUGCUUUUGGAAAAAGCAUACCAGCGUCUGAAGUUGAUCUUGCAAAAGAAGUGCGUUCUCAGACACGACGAAAAAGGGGUUUAUUUAAUUUUGUGGGUCUUAUCCAAAGCACUCUGUUAGGCACGGCAACGGCCUACGAUGUAGCUAAAUUCGGGAACCGAAUGAACAUUGUCGAUCAAGCUGUAUCUCAGCAGAAUCGUGUUAUCUCGCAAACAUUCCAUGCGAUUAGUGCUUUAGAAUCAAAAGUUAAUGCGAUAAUAUCGGAGUCUAACCAUGUAUCGAGGGUUGUUAAUAAGUUACAGAAAUCAAUCCCGACGUUAGAGUGGCUCCUUUAUUUCACAGAAUAUUUGCAUGCUGCUGAAAUUUAAGUUCAGAAGGUUGUUACCUUUAAUAACGAACUAAUUGACAGCAUAGUAGAUGCAGGGAUAGGGCGUGUGGACGCAAAGCUUGUGCCUGUACAGACGCUUCUUGAAGCUUUACAGAUUGCCAAGUUGCAGUAUAACUUGCCUCCUAUUUUUAAUGAUAAUGAGGUAGAAUAUUAUUACCCUCUGUUGGAGUGGACUCUCACGCACAGUGCUAUUCUCAUCCACAUUCCUAUGCGAGGGCAACAUCAGUUUAAUGCAUGGCAUUUAGAACCCUUCCCUUGGUUUGUUAACGACACACUGUAUACUCUGG